GACGCAGAUUUAAAUACUCCAUUAUUAAGUUGCAAUUAUUUAGUUGAUGAGGACACAAAAGAUCACUUAGUUGAUUCCACGCGAUGUAUCAGUUACAUCUCUCACUAAUCUAAUCGACGCCCAGCUUCCCCCCACUCUGCUAAACUCAUCCAAAUCUCUUCCAUCACGUUAACUUGGACAUGCUGAAUGAUCCACGGCACAGCAACGCCUCCGCCGACCAGGAAGACGCCGCCUCCGCCCCCAACAGCUCCGAGUUCCGGGACAUCCACCCGUUAGCGACCCCGGGUUCCCACCCCGGCCUCGCCCGCCACCGGGACGCCUGGGAGGGCGGCAGCGUCCGCUCGUUGGCCUCGCUCUCCAUCGGGAGCGUCGACGGCGUCAGCGAGGUCGGAUUCACGACUGUAAGCAGGGAGUUCAACGCCAUGGUCGUCGCGGGCUCCAACUUCCAGCAGCAGAUCAGUGGCGGCGGCGGCGGCGCCGCCGCCGCUCCUGCUGAGCAGCUCAACCGCAUCGGGGAUGACGAGCUGGAGGAGACCAACCCACUCGCCAUCGUCCCUGAUAAUAAUCCUUUCCCCUCCCCCCGCCGCCUUCCCCAAGCAGGCAGCAGAGGCGGCGAGUCUUCCUCCUCCUCCUCCGCCGCCGCCGCCGCCGCCGAUGGGCUCCCGAUCCACGUGGUGAAGAAAGAGGAGGCGGAAUCAAAGAUCGCCGCGUGGCAGAUCGCGGAGGUAGCGAAGAUCAACAACCGAUUCAAGCGCGAGGAGGUGGAGAUCAACGGAUGGGAGACCGAGCAGGUCGAGAGAGCCACGGUUUGUUGGAAGAAACUCGAGAGGAGGUUGGAGGAGCAGCGUGCGAAGGCGAUGGAGAAGAUGCAGAACGACGUGGCAAAGGCGCACCAGAAGGCGGUGGAGAGGCUGGCGUCGGCGGAGGCCAAGAGGGGAACCAAGGUCGCCAAGGUGCUCGAGCUCGCAAAUUUCAUGAGAACCAUUGGCAGAGCUCCAUCUAAACGCCCUUUCUUCUAGUGAUGGAUCAAUUAUUGAAUCACACAUAUGAACGAAUCACUUCGUUAAAUUUCCAAAAUCAAAGAUUUGAACAGAUAACUAUUCUGUUUAUGUAAAUAUAUAUAUAUGAAUAAUGGAGUGAGAAGGGUAAGCAUGAUGAAGUCUGAAUUCUCCUGUGAUA